AUGGAAAACAUUGAGAUAUUUAACGGGUUCCUAAAGAUAGUUAGUGAUGAGUUUCCAAAAGAAUUGAGGACAAAGGGCCAAAAUUUAAAGAGGAAAAUCUUGUAUAUAGCAUCAGAGGAUGAAGAAAAUAAAGAAAGCGAUUCUGUCAUUAAUGAACAAGAUGAUUUGACGAAAUUUACUGAAGGCAUUGGUUCUAAGUUGCUCGAUAGUUUUUUGGAAAUUUUAGAUAACAAUCUUGGCAAUAAAUAUGAGAAGAUUUCCCGAGAGAUAUACGAUAAUAAUGAUUCCUGGAAGAAGAACAAAUUAGUUGAAAUGAAGAGUCCAGGAUUGAUUUACGUUAGUUAUUGGAAAGAAGAAGCAGAAAAGAAAACCUGCGCUUUAUUUUUAUCAUUUAUGUUAACCGAGGAGGAUUUUGUUGUAGAUGACAUAAGAAAAUUCAGUGUGAUAUACCUGUAUGAAAUCCAAUUGAUCGAGAAAUAUAGAGGCUGUCAAUUGGGUACAAGAUUAAUCAAAGGACUUUCAAAUGUUUGUCAAAUUGCGCAAGUUAAGAUACGACCAGCUUUCCCACUGAUUGGUAUUCAGCUGACCGUAUUUAGUGAUAAUAAGAGAGCUAUUAAAUUUUACGAGAGGAUUGGAAUGAAAUUCACCUAUGGGUCACCAAAAGACGAGGUUGAUAAGAUUGAGAGUAGGAAAACAAGAACUUCGGUUAAUAGGAAGACUUUGAAAGUGGUUCGAAAGCCUAUUUAUUAUCUGCUAUAUUUACCUGUGUAA